AGCCAACAUCACUUUCAAAACAACAAAAAAAAACCACCCUCACCAGCAGCAGCAGUACACGCACGAUACUGUAGCCAGAAUUCCUUCAACUAAUUUAAUACGGAACCCACAUUAAACCAAUUCAACAAACAUGGUGUUCGCCAAAUCCUGGGAGGACUUUGAGAUCGCGGCGGAGAACAUGUACAUUGCCAACCCGUGCCAGUGCCGGUUCACGAUGAAGUACACCCACCAGAAGAACCAGGUCGUGCUGAAGCUGACCGACAACGUCAAGUGCGUCCAGUUCAAGACCGAGGUGCUGUCCGACCUGAAGCGGAUCGAGAAGUUCAGCGGCAACCUGAUGUGGCUGAUGGCGUCCAAGGAGUAGCGCGGACGUCCCUUUGAGGAUUUUGGGACUUUGUUUACCGGGGAAUAUGAGGGGAAGUUUCCGUGAGUUAUAGCGUGAAUUGCAAUGGUAUCUAUCUAAUGUAAUAAAACUGAUGUGUAUUUCAAGUGUGGAAGUGGUCCGCAGAACUAAAAUAAACUUUGUUUAAAAUAUUUGA